AAUAGAUUUGAAAAUCACUGUAAAUUUCUUCGCAGCUCAACCGACCAUGCCGGGCCCUGGUCCGCACCUAAUGUACGCCAUGAGCUCAGGCCUGGGCCUGACCACCCUCUCCAAUUGCCGGUUUACUCCACACCAUACCUUAACCUACACCAUCAACGCCUUCUUUGGCCCUGACAUCGGCUCCUUCUCCGAGUGGCUCAGCUCCACCGUUGGCAUCGGCUUCGGUUCGGCCCUCGCCGAUGCCAUACACCAUCCUUUCUAUUACGUCCUCAUCCUUGGUCUUCCUCUCUCUUUCUUCUACUCUUGGCUCUCCAGAUUUUUUAUCCAAAAGGGUGUCCUUCAUUCAAUUUCUGGGGUACCCCUUUCUAAGAGGCAGUGUUUGUUUUUGGUGUCAGCUGGUUCUUUAUCUCAUUUUUUCUUAGAUCACUUGUUUGAGGAAAAUGGACACACAGCUAUGUAUACCUGGAUAUUGAGCACUGGUUGGUGGAAGAACCGAGCACCUAAUAACCCAGAUGCUGUUGUUAUAGUUGGUCUUUUAUGUACUUGCCUAAUUGGUGGUUUCAUCUUCAUCAAUAGAGUUAAAUCCUUCAACACAAUAAAACAACAAUCAAACCAGUCAGUGAAACUUAUUCUGAUUGUGGCUAGCUUGUACUGCUUAUGGUGUUUUAGCCAGAUAUACUGGGUAAAUCCUCGUCGAGCGGCAGUUGGUGAAGAGGCUGAUCUCGGAGUUCUUGUGUUCUUAGCCACAUUUUUCUUUCUUCCUCACUACUUAUGUAUAUCGUCAAUGCACUCAAAAGAUCUUGAAGCAGAGCAAAUCUCAUUAUAAUACUUAUUCAUCUUCACAAGAAGAGGACCUUACACACAUAUGAUACAGUAUUUUUCUUUGCUGUAAUGAUCAUAAUUUGUAAGGUGUAUACAAACUCCUAUAUCUUCUUAUAAUAUGAGCUUACGAACCUGUGAAAUUUUUUAGAUUCUCGUUCACUCUGGCUGUAACUUGUGAUCCAUUAGAAUUGGAACUUAAACCUUUUUCUCCUGCGACUUAA